AUGCUGCAGCUCAUAUUAAGAAUUCUCCUUGCAUUCGCAGUCUGGGGUGUAUGGACUCUACUGUAUCGAAUCUAUUUCCACCCACUGGCAGAUAUUCCCGGACCACUCCUAGGACGCAUGUUCCAUUUCUAUUCAUUCUGGUACAACAUCAACAGCGGUCGAUUCUACUUGAAGAUCCCCGAGCUGCAUGCAAAAUACGGUCCAGUAAUUCGAAUCACCCCCAGCGAGAUCCACCUGUCCGAACCCGAAUACUGCGACAAGGUAUACUCCGUUGGAUCGAACUAUGGCAAAGACCCAUCUUUCUAUGGCAGUUUCGGUACUCCGCAGGCGACGUUUGCGACAUGCGACCCGCGUCUGCAUCGCGUCAAGAGAGCAGUCUUGAACCCAUUCUUCUCACAAAAGAGAGUCUUUGAGCUGGAGGGGCUUAUACAGCAAAAGGUCACUUUGCUGAUAUCUCGCAGCAGGAAAUCACUGGCGGAGACUGGAGAGGUUAACUUGCAUCUGGCCUUUCGCGCUCUUGCGAUUGAUGUCGUGACGGAUUAUGCCUUUGGUCAGAGCUAUGACUUUCUGCAGCGGCCUGACUACGGGAUAGAAUUCUUCAGGAUGAUACAGUCGCUAGGUCCUGGUGUUUGGGUUUUCAACCAGUUUCCUAUUGUGCAGUUGAUAUCUAUGGCGAUUCCGCUCUGUUUAGCGAAGUUGACGAGUCAGUCUCUGUCGAAGAUGAUGAUACACCAUCAGGAAAGUCGAAGACGGAUUCUGGAGGUGAAGGAAAGAAUGAAGGACCAGAAAACACAAGACCGACAAACGAUCUUCCACCAAAUCCUGCAAUCCGAAACAGCCAAGAAUGGGAAUGUGCCCACCCUCCAAGAGCUUGAAGAUGAAGUCUAUGUUAUCCUUGCUGCGGCAUCUGAAACUACAGGGAACGCGUUGACAGUCGCAGCAUUCCCGUUGUACUUUGGAACAAGUCCACAUGAUACAAGGUAUUCUUGUGGUUCUGAUGCACUGUAAGGCAACUACUGACAUAAUUGAGUGUUCCAUGCCGAAAAUGAGGUAAGUGAUGUAGUUGGUGUAAGGUCGGAGAUAAAGCUUCAGACAAGCCUUGACAAUAGCUCCCACGAAAGGCCGGUUCAAUCUGGCUCAACGUCUGUCGAUACCUAUUGCAACUCCUUGCGGAAGUAAGCUAAUGAAACGUCUAUAUGGACCACUAAGACAUAGCUAUGUCUGGCUGCGGAGGGCCCACAU